AGUGCGCCACAGAAGCCGUCCGUGGAAAAAGACUGCUGUAUCUGAAGGGACGGGGGACCGACAAAAGUCCGAUAAAUAAAACAAUUCAACGCUGUAAACGGAUUAUAUUUUGAAGGGGGAAAGAAGGUCAACUGAACACCGACACUCGGUAAGAUGCUCAUAUUUAACGCUAAUUCUACAGUUAGGGUCGCUCGUCCAACACGCUAAUGCGUUUUUGUCACGUCUUUGAAUGUCAUGAAACAUCUAGAUAUUUCUCCAGCACUUUUAUAUUUCAUGUCGUUAGAAAAAACUCUUGUGUGCCCUAAAAUGUGAAUGUGUACCGGUACUUCCAGACGACUGAAGCAGAGGAGAACUUCUCUCUGCAAACAUGGCUUCACACAACCCGAGUGGGUCCAAACGGGAUGAAAAGGGGAGAAACAUCCAGGUCGUUGUCAGAUGCAGGUAUGGAGCGAAAUCUAACUUUAUUUUUGAUUAUUUUUAUUAUGGAUUAUUAUUUAUGAUUGUCUUUGCAGUUGCUGGUGUCAAACGUUUAGUCAUUACCGAGCCAGUUUCUGUCACAACUUGUCAAGGUCCAAAAUUUGUCAAAACGUGGCAGUCAAAAAUGAAAAUAUCUGAAUAUAUUUACAUGUCUCUGUGUCAAUUUUGUGCAGUGAAAUGAGUUCAACCCAGGCUUAAAGUCUCUGCCUUUAAUUACUUAGAAAUGUCAAUAAAGUUUGUUUGGCAUGGUAUGAAUCAAAGUGCUGGUGUAUCUGUAUAAAAAGAUUAGUUGUUAUUUUGGGGCAUAUUUUUACUUACACAUGUAGUAAAUCAGAUAAACAUCUGAUUUGAAAAACUGUAAGUGGUUUGAAACAAAAGUCAUUACUGUUGUAAGUUUUAUUUGAAAUCAUGGUAGGAGGAGUUUCUUUGGCGAUUACUUCCCUUUCAUUGACCAACUCUUAAAAUCUUUGGUUAACACUGUGACAUUGUCAAUAAGGAUGUGAUCUUUGGAGGAAGGACACUUUAGCACUGCUAUCUGUCUGUUAUCUUGGUCAAUUUUGGCACGUGCGUUUGGUAAUUUUGUAGAAUCCAAACAAUACAUUCAAAGCACUGACACAGGCAGUCAAUCUUUACUAUUACUGAGACUAAAGUGUGGAAAUAAAACAAGAGAUUCAAGAAGCUUUGGCUAGAUUUGUCCAUUCUUCAAUGCAGACCUUAAGGAUUAAGACAAAUCCCUGUGGUGGUUGUCUGUUGGAUUUAAAUCAAAUGUUAAGUCUGACAUAAACUAGGUCUGUACCGUGUGUUGUGUCAGUCUGACUCCUUUGCAGUUUUCUGCCUCCCUUCUCGGUUUCUUAAUUAUAAUGCACAGCCUCUUGAAGUUUUGUCCUGUAUGUCAUAGCCAUGCUCCUCAGUUGUCUGUAGUUUCAUUGCACAACAUCUAUUUAGUCUGUUAAGUGUUGAUUUUGGUGGUUGACCAAAUACAGCUUUUCAGUGGCUCAUGCUGUUACCAGGUCAGACAAUGGUGAAUAUUCGAAUCGAAUCAAGUUUUAUUUAUAUAGCGUCAUUUCACAACAGUCGUCAUCCCAAGAUGCUUUCCAAAGAAAAAGAGCAGGUCUAGACCACACUUAUUGUUUGAUGAAUUAUCAAGACCCAACCUAAAAUGGGAUUUGGCCCAUCUCAUCUAACAUGAGUAUUUUCUGAAUAUUCACUGUCUGGGAGACAACUUGAUGGUAACAAGCUGAAAGGGGGAUAUGCCACCUACCAUAGCAGAAAGGGGGAUAUUGGGUGACACUAUAGAUUGCUAAAGAUGGCUUAUAUCACUCAAUACUGAAGACCACAUACAAUUCAAUAUUUAAACUCUAAUCAAUGACUGCAUUUGAUGCUGUUAGUGGACGAUAGGAAAGAUUUGUCAUCAUUCAGAGCAGGUAACAGUGAUAUCCACCUUGGUAUUGCUGACGCCAGUAUGACGCUGAAUAUGUCAAAAUGCCAUUAAUUGGUCUAUCUGUAGUUUAUCUGCACUGUUUAACACCUGGUCUGUGAGAAAUGUCAUUUAGCUGUAUGUUAAUAUCGUUCAUGACCCUAGAGAUUCUGGCCCAGAAAUCUUGUCCAUACACACGAUUUUUUUAAAAGAGAGAAAUGGUCUUAUUAAUAUCUCACUGUGAGGUUCUCUCUCCAAAAAAACAGAAUUGAUAAUUCGUUUGUGAAUUUAUUUCAACUCCACACUUUUUCCAUAUCCCAAAGACAACUCAAUUUGAUCAUAAGAAAUUCAAACAAUGGUAUUUCUAUUCAUGCAGAUAAUAUCGGUACGGAAAGUCCAUUUAGUCUGUCUCUGUUGCUCGUUCAGGCCUUUCAACACAAUGGAGCGCAAGUCAUCCUACGGGGUCAUCGACUGCGAUCAAAACAGGAGGGAGGUGCUAGUGAGAACAGGAGGAGUGAACGACAAAGCAUCUCGAAAGACCUACACGUUUGACAUGGUGAGAGGGUGCACUGCAGACCUGAAUAAACUGAUCAAUAUCUGACCCCUUAUGUAUUAUUCUACAUCUCUACAGAGAGGCUCUUCACUGAUUAUGUCAGAGAAGUCUAGAUAGUAUAAAUGAAGCACAUUCCUGUAUAUGUGAUUGUUUGAAAGUACUUGCAUUUAUUUGGAUUAAUGAUUCUUCUGGAUAAGAGCAUCACAACUACAGUCAAAACAUGGUUGCUUUAGUGUUUAGUGCCUUUGAGUUCAGGUAGAGAGAUUAGUCAAAUGCACAGAUUUUUCAGCCAAAUCAACCAGCAUCAGGGUGAUAUUUGGCUUUAAAAAGCACUAAUCAACAGUUAAACUAUAUCAUAACAUUUAAAUGAUCAAACAACUAAUUGAUUAACUGAGUGAGAACAACAACACAUUUUUUUUUGGUCAAAGCCUGUGAAAGCAGAGCAAAAAUUCACACACAGCUUCUUCCCUUUGAAACUGAAUUUGGCAGGUCAUAAUUAGGCCAGAAACACAUUUCAAUUCUAUAACAGCUUUGUGAGAGUUUGAUCAGAUUUAGAUUAGAACAGGAAUCCUGAGUAGGUUAUUCCCAGCAGUAACAAACCUGGUUGCAUAUCUUUGAUUGCAAUUUGCUCUGUCACGUCUUCUCUAUUGUUAAAGUUCAGCAUUCUUUCUUCAGGUUUUUGGUCCAGCAGCUAAGCAGAUUGAGGUGUACAGGAGUGUUGUGUGCCCGAUUCUGGAUGAGGUCAUAAUGGGAUACAACUGUACCGUUUUUGCGUGAGUACUAUCAAGACAUCAGACAAUCAUUAUUGGCUGAAGUGUUAGUUUCUGUACUUUACUUUUCUGAAAUAAUGUGUCGUUUAAACCGGUCCUUUCCCCGCUUUCUCGCUCAGCUACGGCCAGACUGGAACAGGAAAGACAUUCACCAUGGAAGGAGAGAGGAGUCCAAAUGAGCAGUUCACCUGGGAGGAGGUGAAUUCAUGUUUGUUCAAAGAAGAAAUGGAUGGUUUUCACUUUUAUCACUACUACCUGCCAACUGCCUCGUGUGUUUCUGAAUGUUUCAGGACCCUCUGGCUGGCAUCAUCCCCAGAACGCUGCACCAGAUCUUUGAGAAACUUUCUGAGAACGGCACAGAGUUUUCAGUCAAAGUGUCUCUGCUGGAGAUCUACAACGAGGAGCUGUUUGAUCUGCUCAGCCCCACUGAGGACGUCAAUGAGCGGCUGCAGCUCUUUGAUGACCCACGCAACAAGGUAACUCUCAGAUAGACCGGGCUGUCCUCCAGAUAAUUAUCUGCUGUUAUGAAUACAGGGUUCCUCUUCUGAAAGCACCUUUAGCUCUGGUUGCUUAGUGAAGUAUUUAACUCAUUUAUUUAAGGGGGUCUUGUGUAAUAUUUUUAUGUAACACUUUUUGGAAAAGAUCCUGCAACACUCCUAAUUUGACUUUUCAAAGUUAAAUAAGCCCUAAAAUAGACUGAAGUUGGUGUUUUUAGAGGAGGAUAACUUGAUCAGGUUUAAUAUUGAACAUACUUGUAGCAUUUUCUUUAUAUCUCCCCUGAAAAGAUCCUGUUGAACAAAAGGGAUCAGACAGAAAGCAGGAUGAGAUCUCUUUGUUUGUCAGAAAACACUGUCUAUACAUGUUCAGGACCAGAUCAGCAAAGACAAAAGGGGAGACUUGUGUCCAGAUGGGACACCAGAAUAAAACACAGAUUGAGUUCCUUAUGGAAGCUUUAAGAAACAGCUGUGACUUGCCAACUUGCUUGACUGUAUAUGUUCAUCUCCUUGAACCUGAGUGGUCUCACUGACGGUUGUGGUUUACAGCGAGGCGUGGUGGUGAAGGGUCUGGAGGAGGUGACCGUUCACAACAAAGAUGAAGUUUAUCAGAUCCUGGAGAGAGGAUCAGCCAAGAGGAGGACAGCUUCCACACUGAUGAACGCCUACUCCAGGUAACACAGGCAGUAGACUGUACUUGACUGAGCUGAUUUUGUUCACUGAACUAUUUAAAACCCUUUGUCCUGUUUCUGUGUGCAGUCGUUCCCACUCUGUGUUCUCAGUCACCAUCCACAUGAAGGAGAUCACUCUGGAUGGAGAGGAGCUGGUGAAGAUUGGCAAACUUAAUCUGGUAAUUAUUCCAAUAUCAUAUCCUGCAUUACCUCAUUCGUAUCUCUCCUACAGUCUUUUGAAGCAUUGAGAAAUAUAUUUACCGAAUAUUGAAAUCAGUUUCUAUUAGAUGGUGAAAAGUCUUAUUCUUUUAAAUAUUUUGGUCGUGAGUUAAACAUGUCAAGUUUCUUCCUUUUAUUAAGGUGGAUCUGGCUGGCAGCGAGAACAUCGGGCGCUCAGGUGCGGUGGACAAACGUGCACGUGAGGCAGGAAACAUCAAUCAGUCUCUGCUGACACUGGGCAGAGUGAUCACUGCACUGGUGGAGAAGAGGCCUCAUGUCCCCUACAGGUAGAGUCAUGAGCAAAAUCAAGUUUAUCCCACUCUGCUUUCACAUCAUAACACGACCAAUCUGUUGUCUUUCAUAGUAUGUAUGUAUUAAGAAGAAAAUCAAAUCUAUGAAUGUAGGGCCAACUGUAGCGGACCUAGCUUUGCAUAAAGACCAGAAACAAAGAAAGGACAGUAAAACUGGUUUCAUUGAAUAAGAAAAACGACUCCACCAGCAGUAUUUAAGCCCAAUCAGGACUUCUGUAUUGAGAGGAAAUAGAAAGCUCCAUACAUAUCCUCUCUUUAUUUGAACACUUCUAUUGGUUAACUUUCUAAAAUUCAAAGAUCUGUGAUCUGCUUUAAAAUCAAAAUACAACAAUUACCAGUGACUGUACAGCUUUCCACUUAGCACUGUAUUUAGGGGCUUUUUGACCACAGGAACUUUCCAGAAGAACUAGGAACCUUAUAGGUUGUUGUCCCUUGGAGGUUGUACUCAGGGGGGCCUCAAAGGGACACCAGUGUGAAAAACAAGGCUUUUGAUUUUUACCUGAAAAUCAUGUAAAGCUAAUAAGUAAGAAUUAAAAAAGAUGCUCAGAGCCUGAAAAAUGCUUUGUACCCCCCACCCCUCUAGUAAUCAAUACAGCCUAUCUGCUGCCAGUGGGGUUUGUCAGAGUAUUUUGUGGAGAGGUUCAACAGAGACUGGAAAUUUACUACUAGCACAUCUUUUUAUUCUAAAUGUCAUCCCUGGAUGUCAUUGGCGUGAUCUGUGUGAUUUACCCAAGAUUUCAGGCCCCUGGUAAAUUUCAAUUCUUUAUGUGGUUUUUAUCUAUUCAGUAUAGGCCAUAAAUGUCCAAUACAAGCAGGUCAGAUGGGGAUGCUUUCUUUAUGUAACCAAAUAAUACGAUUUUAAUUAAAUAAUUGAGUUGUGUAUCUGUAAAUAAAUAAACAAAAAACAGAUUUUUUUAAAAAUCCUCAUCCCUUUUAAUUCACAACAUUUUCAACAGUGUCUAGGAUAAACUCAACCCCCUCAGUUUUUAAACGCUGCUAUCCUGUCACUUCAUUUCAUGCGACACGUAGAUUGAAGUAAUUACAAUCGGACAAUAUCAGCCGAUGGAUCAUUGUGUGUCGCCUAUCUGUUUCUGGCUGAACAACUUUUGUCCUCCUUCCUCCUCAGGGAGUCAAAGCUGACCCGAAUCCUGCAGGACUCACUGGGAGGACGAACUAAAACCUCCAUCAUUGCCACUGUGUCGCCGUCCUCCAGCAACCUGGAGGUACGUACUGCUGUUAUUGGGAGAUGAACUUUUGAAUUUGUUCAUGCAACCUCUAAAAACUUACAAGCGUCUACACCUCCAGAACUUCUCUGCUUCAGCUCGUACUCAUGCCUGUGAUGUUGGUCUUUCGUUUCUGUGCAGGAGACUCUGAGCACACUGGAGUACGCCAGCAGAGCCAAGAACAUCAUGAACAAGCCUGAGGUCAACCAGAAACUUACCAAGAGGACUCUCAUCAAGGUAGAGGAGACAUAUGUUUUAAAUUUGAAUGAUUAAGGGCUAGGGAAUUUGAUUCUGCAUGUUGGGAAAUCUCCUGAAACUAAAUUGUUAGGUCCUGAAAGAAAAUUAAAACCCAUGUCCCCUUGUCCAUCAGGAAUACACAGAGGAGAUUGAACGUCUGAAACGUGACCUGGCUGCUUCUCGAGACAAGAACGGGAUUUACCUCUCUACAGAGAACUACGAGUAGGUUGCAUGAAAGGCUGUGGAUAUGUCAAGAUUUUUAUAUCUGUAUUACCGCAUUAUGCAAAAAGGAAAAAAAAACUUAAACGAGUUAAAAGUUAAAACUUUCAGGGUUUUGUAAAAUGUUAGUGAGGCUGCAACCUUAGAAUAUAUAAUCUCUGCUUUAUAAAUAAUUUCGUAACAAUCAAUUGUUCUUCGUUGUUGUUAUUGAUUUUGUUAUUUCUCUUUGUGUUCCAGGAGUAUGAUGAGUCAGAUCACAGCUCAUGAGGAGCACUCAACAGAGUAUAUAGACAAGAUCGCUGCCAUGGAGGAGGAAAUUAAGAAGGUACAUUAGCAUCACUUUCACCACCAGAGUGCUCCAACGUGGCGUUUCGAUUUAUAUGGGGGAGUCUUAAUUUGAAAGCGUAUGAUAUGACUCAUACACCAGAGCUGCGAUCUGACCACAAGAGUGUUACUUGGGGCAUGUUGAAGGUUAGUGGAAACAUUAACCAAGAGAGGAACUAAGAAAAAAGCACCAAAUCACAUUUAACUUCCCCAUCUACACAUGAUGAUGUAAAUCAGGUUUUCACCCACCCUUUUCUCUAAAUAUUUUAACAGUGCACAGAAAACGUAUUUAAAAAGACAGAGAUAAACACCUUUCCAUCCACUUCUUUUGUUUGCUCAUAAAAUGAUUGCAGUGAUCCAAACAGAUGGUAGAGCUGGUUCUUCAGCUGAAACAGCUGCAGAAUCAAAGAGUCAUCUGUUGUGUUUGUCUGUUCACACCUACUCUCUCUCUCUCUCUCACUCAGGUGACUGAGCUGUUUACAGACAGUAAGACCAGACUGGAACAGUGUACUGCAGACUUGGAAGAGAAGCAGCAGAGGUAGGUAAUUAUUGUAGAACAUUAAAAUACAUAGAGGAUUCCUGUAAGUGUGUUAUCAUUAUCUCAUUGUUACCUGGUACCUAAAGGCCCUCAUCAUCCAUCUAUCCUAGUAUGUUUUAUUUUACGGUACUUAAAGUGGAAAAUAUACGGUUAUUUUAGGGUAUGCGAUUAACAAAGUGCCUUUGAGGUACGUUGCUUAGUUCUGAAAUAAAGUUGAAUUUACAGAGGAAGUUAAGCAAAGUACUUGAUUGAAAAACUUUCACCACUCUUCAAUUUUAGGUUGGAGGAGACGAGCCAGGACCUGCAGCAGACUAAAGAGAAGCUGAGUCAGGAGGAGUUUAUCUGCUCAGAGCUCAGCUCGGUGCAGGAGGUGCUCUAUGACACUGCGGGGCAGGUACAGAUUUGCAUUACUGAUGUGGCAAUAGUACACUUCUGUUUUCCCUUUCUUUUAAUCUCUAAAGCUUUUUAAAUUCUCAUGUAAUCAGCCAAGAAUGAACAGCGGCAUUGUUUACCAACCACAGCGUAAGAGGACUGAACUUCUGUUACUCAGGACCCUUUACAUGGUAGAAACUAAAAACGAUGUUAAAACAUUUAGGAAUCAAAUGUGUGGAAUAAUCUUAAAUGGACAGAUUUCAAAACCAAAAUCUUAAUUAAAAAACAUGUUUUUUUCUGUACAUAGUUUAAUCCCAAAAGUAUUUACGUGGAAGCUUUUGACACUGUGCAUACUUAUAUAAAUAUAUGUAUCCCAGUUUUAAGUCUUGUCCUGGUUUUGAUCAUAUGAAUGUGGAAUAGAGUACGGUGUUUACAUGCACCUAACCUGGUUUUUCCUAUCUCUGCAUACAUGAUAAAUACUUGUAUCUUGGUUUCUAAUUAUUUUGUUUUAUGUGAGUAGGUGCUCGAGGUUUUCUAAGUUUUACAGCACAAACAAUGAAAUCUAAAAAAAAAUAGACUUCUUACUUUGUAUAUUUGUAGUUGCUUGGAUAAAAGAUUGCUUUUUCUUUUAGAAUUUUAAAAUAGACUCUUAUAUAAAUACACACAUUGAACACUUCACAACAAACCAUUGUAGAAUUGUGAAUGAUGACAGCAAACUCGGGCUCUUAUUGUUUGUUGAUUAGGAGAGAUUAGGAGUGUAUCAUAAGUAAAUGCAUCUCAGAAGUUUCGAACAAGUGAAACAAUCUCUUUAUAUAGAUGCUGUUUUUUCAGUGUACUCACUUCCUUCUCUUUUCUUGUCAAGAGUGUCUAAUUUUUCUUUCACUAAGUAUUUGUAUUGCACUCCUUCUCCUGUCUUUUACUUCCUGUUUUUCUUCCUCUGUAAAGUCUUUCUCUGAAGUGUACUUCUGAUGACUUUAGCCUGAAGCUGUUUUGGAAUAAAACAACUCUUCUGUUUUUCCAUUAUAGUGACAGGAGUUAACCAUUUCCGGCUUGUGUUUUUGUGUCUCCUCUUCAGCUGCUGAGCACUGCUGACACCAGCACCAGAGAUGUGUCGGGCCUUCAUGACAAGCUGGACAGGAAGAAAAAGGUCAAAGCACUUUUCAAACAGCACACAGUAGUUGUCAAGUGAAAAGCAGACUCAAAACGUACAUUUGUUUUCUCUGAUGAAAAGUAAGCACUAAAACACUGAAAACCUGAGGAUUAUUUAAAACACUUGACACGGCUACAGAUAUUCACUUAUUUGGUAUUUUGCAUCUGUAGCCUCAAUUUUUCCACAUGUCUGAAUCAGAACCCAUAAUCACACUCUCUAUUGACUUGCAGGUGGAGCAGCACAACAAUGAGAUCCAGCAGAGUUUUUCCCAGCGGAUAGACGGAGCGUUGAGCAACAUGCAGCACUGCAUUAAACAGCAGGGAACCAAACACCAUGACAUGCUGAGCAGCUACUCUCAGGCCCUUGGUAAGUGUAGCAAUAAAGAGGUUAUCGUUGGAUGCAGUGAUGAAAGAAAUCGGGGCUUUUACUGAUGUUGAAAUUAAAUGCAUCACUUUUAUGUCUAUCUUCAUCUUUCUCUUUCCGCUAAACUUGGUGAUGUAUCAUGUUUUAAUUUUAACUAGCAGUUCCCACCUCUUUAAGUGUCCCUGCAACACAUCUUACAAACUGCUUGUCACUGAUCCUUCUCAGAGACGGUAUAAUCCCCUCACUGCUGACAUUCCCUUAAGUAUUUAACCAUGAAACAAAUCAGUUUAUCCAGCAGGCGGCUUCUUCUGCCCGAUAGAAACCCUCAGCUCUGACUCAGCAGUUAGGUAUAGUAGCUUCCAGAGUUGCAUGAUUGGACACAAAAGGGGAAAACAUUAGCCUCUCAGCUGAUACAGUUGUACAACCAGUACGCCUAUACAUCCCUAACUGAAAGAUUAAUUCACUGUGGGAUAUUUCAAAGCCUUCUAAUGUGUAGUCCUAAUUUAAUCUGUCGAUGCUUCAUGGCACAAACAAACUUCAUGAAGUGUAGUUUUAAAAUAAUUUUAAACAGUCAGCACAUUUCAAAAAGCAUGAGUGUUUUUGCAGUCUGGUCUUUGUAAGUGUUAUUUCAAAAAAUUUUGUAUCCAGAGAGCAUUUAUUGGAACAGGUUGAGUGUAUGUGUUUAUUUUUCAUGUCUUUUUCUUCUCAAAACAGAUCAAUUUUGUUCAGUUUUAUAAAUCAGAGACAAGACAUCAAACUUCUACUGUACCUUGACUCUGUAUGUGUGUGUGUGUGUGUGUGUGUGUGUGUGUGUGUGUGUUCUCCGCACAGAUGGUCUUCUUGUGAGGAAUGAGACAGCACUGAAAGGAGCUCUGACCACAGUGGAAUCCUUCGUUGGUGGGGUUGGUCAGUUGGUAGCUGAGGGCGUGACUCGCUGUCAGGACAGAGUGCAACAACAGGAGACAAUGUGUGUGAAGGAUAAGGAGAGCCUUCUGCAGCUGCUGGUGAGAACAGGGAUAGAAAGCCAUGAUGUGUAACCAAGAGGAGUUUAAAGGCUUGUGUAUUUGGUUUGAAGCUGCUGUUGAACCAAGAACCUAAGAGUUUAAUAACUUACCAAAAUAAAAGUUUUUAUCAGACUUUCACCAGGGCUGAAAAAUCUUUCAAACAGCACUUAGAUCCUGGUGACAUACGUAUAUAUUGCAGGAGGAGCAUCGUCAGGACAUGGAGGAGGUCCUGGUGGUUCGGACUCUUAUGGGUUUGUCAGCCAUCAAAGAGCUCAGUGACACACUCAGAGCCACAGUGGAGACACAGCGAGCGCUAGCUGACAAGGUCAGUCUCUAACUGUGCUCCACCUUCUUGUAGAUCAGUGAACCCACACAUGACAAGUGACCACCUUUGCCGCAUCUCCUUAAUGACUUUUUCACUGUCUGUCCCUCUCAGGUGGAGGGGAUGAAGGAGGUGGGUGUGUUUUACUCUGGGCUGGUGCAGGAGCUGGCUGGGCUGCGGGAGACCUCGGUACAGGGUCUGAGCACUCUACAGACCCAACAUGACAAGCUGGAAGACGAGAUCAGACAUGCGCAGGAGAGACACCAGACCGUAAGAUCAUAUCUUCCAGCAGCUUCAGUUUAGCUUUUAAAUCUUUUAAUUUCUCUAAUUUUGAGGUUGGAUGUGUUUUCAGUCUGAGUUAACAAUUUCUUCCCUUCAGCAAACAAUACAUAUGUACACAUUUGCAUCAACUAAUUAUAAACCAACCAAAAAUCUGUAGGUUAAGACCAGAACUUAUUUUGCCCAUCCUUUUGGAUAACCUUGUGGUAAAGGCUUUUCUGUGCUGUUUAUGUCAAGUACAGUAUACAGGGUUCCUACACAGUUGGAAUUUCAAUACUUUUCCAUACCCUACUUUUUAGAAUUAUUUUUGGAAAUACCAACUUUUCUAUUUUAGAAAACAGUAUUUUAGAACUGUGGUCAUAGUCUGGAAACAUCAAUAUUUUUUCAGACUUUAUUUUUCCUUUUCCAUACUUUUAAAGACCAGGAAAUUGAUCAAACUUAUUACCAUACUUUUCCAUACUUACCCAUAACAAAACAAGCUUUAAAUGUUUCAUACAUAAUGAAGCAAACAGUCAAAAAGCAAAGCCCAUCAGUGACAAGACCAACAUAUUUUAUAUUGUAAAUUUUAAUGCCUGAUACUGGUGCGAGGGAAUAGGUGUCACCUAAGUACAUGAAGAGACAGCCCACAUUUGACUGUCAAAAGUUGGUAAGGUGGUGUUUAUAUCAGAGGAUAGGACUUAAAUAUUUAGAUGGUGAGAAAGGAAUCGACUGAUUUUCCACCAAAAUUGACACAAACCACAAGUUCUUUAAACAAACUUAUACCAAUGACUGCUCAGAUCUUGUUGAUAGUGGGAUUUGUAGUUUAGCUCUAUAAUACACACCACUGUCUAAAUCCUUAAAAGGAGAGGCUUCUUUGGUCACUUUGUGUCAUUAACAUUAAAACUGGCGUCACUGCUCCGUGCAUCAGGGUAUGAAGCAGACCAUCCAGUGCCUACAGGACCAGCUCAAUCUGCUGACCAUGGAGGUUCAGAAGGACUACACUGACCUGCGCUCAUCCUCCAGAGCUCUGCAGAAACCACUCCAGAGCCUCCAGGAGAACAUCAGCAGGUGAGUCAAAGACAGAAUAAAUACUUGGUAGCAGUUUGGAAUUUUAAAAAAUGUUAUGUUGAACAGUAAACCUCGUAUAAUCAUCCUUUUAAACCUCAUUAAAAACUGUCUCAUAUCAUCUCUGUCUUGUGUGUAGCGGCUGCAGUACAGUAGAGCACCGGGCCUCCACCCAGGCAGACCUCCUUUCCUCCACCUCUUCUUCUUUGGCCACCUCUCUGCGUCAGACCACUGACGAGAGCCUGCAGACGCUGGAUGAGAUGACAGCCUGCUGCUCUCACCUGCACAGCACUGUGUCAGGUAUCAAUCUCAUCUCUGUUUUAUGUUUUUUUAAACUUUAGACAUUUACAGUUCAGUCAGUGAAAAUAAAUAUUAAUUUUUAUACUUUUAAUUCAUACUUUCAUUCUGGUAUUGCACUGAUGGAAAUACAUGUCAGAUAUCGUACAAUAAUGGCUCAGACAUCAGCUUGUGAGUUUACAAUACAGUGUUGCAGGAAUUUAUCCACCUGAUGAUUUAGUGAGAGGGUCAUUCUCUCCAUAUUCUGUAUCGUAUUCACAAUAUGUAUUUAGUCAGUCACUGCUGGGGGAACUGCCUGCAGCCACUUUUGUUUACAGCUUUCUUGCUGGCCGCCAGUUAAAUCUUGUCUUGCAUCAAUAAACAAGCUACAAUCUUUCCCAAAUAGAUUGCUGGAAAGGAGCAGUCAAUUCCAACACCAAAAAGUUUCUUGUGAAAAUUAUUGUUGAUGCAGGUUUGGUGGAUCGUGAUCUGGAGUGGAGCUCCAGAACCAGGGCGCAGGUAGAGACUACAGCUGAGCAACACCUUUCUCUGAUGAGGACGUUAUCUGAUGAGGCUGAAACCCUGCGUCAGGUAAAAAUGGUCAUUUAGAAUAAUGAACAUGUUCAUUUUGGCUGAAACCAACAGCGUCACCGAGUUAUAAUUCAGUUGGUUUUAACUUAUUCUCUGUUGUUUCCCCUCCACCUCCCAGAGUGCCAACAAGCACUGCACUGAACAGCUCCAGACAGCCAAGCAGCAGCUUUCCUGUCAGCAGGAGGAAGUGAAACAGGCGGUGAUGGUCGAGCAGAACCAGGCCUCUCUGAACAGGACUGUCCUGGAUCAACAGCAGGCAGAGCUGUGGGACCAUGUGGAGACGAGCCAAGAGCUGGUCAACCGCUUCCUGCAGAAAGAGCUGCAGCAGGAUGUUCCCACAGGUGUGUGAUGAUUUAAGAAUUGAUUGUUUCUGUUUUGGUUUUGAUUGAACACACACAAACGCACACUGAAAAACUACAGUUGUUAAUUUGGAGAUAACUUGUGGGAAGCCACUAAUUUUUGUGAGUAUCUGUCCAUAUCAUAAACUUAUUCUUUUGCCCUCAGGUGCAACUCCUCAGCGUCGGGAGUUUGUGUAUCCCAAGCAGCUGGUGAAGUCACGGAACCGCGGCGAGCUCCUGGAGAGCCUGAGGAGGCAGCAGGAGGAGCUGCAGGCAGCUAUGGAGGUGGAAGAAGAGGAGGAGGAGGAAGAGGAAGACAAACAGAGCCAAGUUGAUCAUGUAUGUAGCAGUCCCUCAUCUCCUUUAAAAGAUGGUUUCUACGGGGUUUGUACAAAUCUUUUAAUGAUGGAGCAAAAGUUGGCUAACUGAGAGAUUUACUAUAUUCUGAUUCAUAUUUAUUCACACUUUUCAUUUGUACUACAAAAUCUCUCUCACUGGAAGGGAUAACGCACACAGGAAAAUGCCCCCCCUUGAAUUAGUGCUCCAGCAUCAUCAUUAUUUCGCCCCUCUCUGUGCAGGACUCUCUGGAGGACGAGCUGAGCACUUGUAACGAAAGCUUGGCCACAGAGCCAUCCUUCAUCGAUGAGAACCUCGUCUUCAAUGAAAGCAAACGCCUCCCCUUCUUCAAGGUAAAAAGCAAAAUAUGCAAGAUAAGUGGUGUUUAAAAAAUUAUGUUCAGUGUGGCAUCAUAGACAACAUCAAGGGAAUGGCAAAUACUUUAAGUCCUAAAAAAAUGAAAAAUACAGUGUCCUAAAAAGUCUUAAAAUGUCUCAGUUUUACUUGUGAGAGGUCUUAAAUUGAAGAUGGGACAUGUCCAAGUCAUGUUGGAAUACUAAAUCCACAUUGUCCUAUACUGAGUUCAGACAUAAACGACAUACAGCAGCUUUUACAAAGUAUGAAUAGAAGAGAGAGGGAGAAGAAAAUGAGAGCAUGCAAGUUCCAGAGUGCAAGUUUUAAGAUGAGGAUCUAUGAUUCAAAAUAACAAGUUGGCUGGGGAAACAACCUUCAUGAAAAAGGGACCUUUUAAAUAUGGAGUACAAAUUUAAUAAGAUACAUUUGUGUUUGUGCUUAUGUACAAAAUGGUAACAAUGCACCCUAAAUUGUCUUCAAUUUAAUUUUCAAGAAGUAAACAGCCUCCCUGGUGUGCCAGUUUGCUCAAAAAUUCUAUUUAAUGUCAAAGUCUGAAUGCUAGUUGGCUUUUAAGACCAGAGGAGGCUGGCAAAGACUACUGCAAUAUAGUAAAUAGGACUAAUGCUGAUAUUGGAACAUAUCACAUGGAACAUAAAAAGAGAAACAUUUUGUACUCAAUAUAAUUUGCCUUUUCUUGUUUCUUUCCACUUCUAGCAAAAGAAGGGUGGCAAGAAGGAUACAAAGAUCCCCAGCAGGCAGAAAGUACCAGAAAACGAAGCUCCAUCAACACCUCAAAAAUCCAGACUGCCUCUUCGCUGUCAGAACUGAAACAGAUUGAAUAUUUUUAUUUCUCCUUUUUGUUGUCUUUGUCAAAUUUUUAAUAACUUUGUCUUCUUAAUGUCAGGAAACAGUCUUAUGAAUUGUUUCUUGUUUUAGUACUGUACCUGUCUCAACAUUUUCAAGUUACUUGUAAAAUUAAAGAGAAACGCAUCUGAUGGAUUUAUUUUUAAAAAUGUA